GGGAGGUCGCCACGCUCGACGACCUUGCUUUGACUUUGGGAGUUUUGGGAUACCGACUUGCCGCGGCUUGGACUCGUCGAGCGACGAACAGCUGCGUGACGUUACGCGUCUCGUUGGUAAAGGGUUAGCGAGCCUCGUCACACCCGGCGGUAGCGGUACUACUCGCCUCUAUUUGCACGAUAUCGGAAUCGCGAGGGAAAGCACGAUCGCUAUGGCGCUCAACAAGCUCAGCAUCGACAAGGUGGAGUUGGCGGACAAGAGGGUGCUUAUACGGGUCGACUUCAACGUGCCGCUGAAAGAGGGAAAGAUAACGAACAAUCAGAGAAUCGUCGCCGCGCUGGACACGGUGAAGUACGCCAUCGACAAGAAGGCCAAGUCGGUCGUGCUGAUGUCCCACCUGGGCCGGCCGGACGGCAAGAGGGACGAAAAGUAUACGCUGAAGCCCGUGGCUGAGGAGCUGAAGACUCUCCUGGGAAGAGAGAUUCUAUUUUUGAACGACUGCGUCGGACCCGAGGUGGAAGCUGCGUGUGCCAAUCCGGCGCCUGGUACCAUAAUUCUGUUGGAGAAUCUGAGAUAUCACGUCGAGGAGGAGGGUAAAGGAGUCGGUCCUGAUGGAAGCAAGAUUAAAGCAGACAAAGACAAAGUCACCGAAUUUAGGGCGUCUCUGAGAAAGCUGGGAGAUGUGUAUAUAAACGACGCCUUCGGAACCGCCCAUCGCGCUCACAGUUCCAUGAUGGGAGAUGGAUUUGAUGUAAGAGCGAGUGGUUUUCUGUUGAAGAAAGAGCUCGAAUACUUUGCAAAAGCUCUGGACAAUCCGGAAAGACCGUUUCUGGCUAUACUCGGAGGGGCUAAGAUCGCUGACAAGAUCCAGUUAAUUAAUAAUCUUCUGGACAAAGUGAACGAGAUGAUUAUCGGAGGUGGCAUGGCCUACACAUUCUUAAAAAUAUCCAAAAACAUGAAGAUUGGAAAUUCACUGUUUGACGAAGAGGGAGCGAAAAUUGUGAAUGACUUAUUGGAUAAAGCGAAAAAGAAUAACGUCCAGAUUCAUCUACCGGUGGAUUUUGUGACCGCCGAUAAGUUUGCGGAGAAUGCAGCGGUGGGAGCUGCGGAUAUUGAGAAUGGUAUACCCGAUGGAUGGAUGGGUCUCGACGUCGGUCCAAAAUCGAGAGAUUUGUUCGCUGAACCAAUUAAGAGAGCAAAGGUCAUAGUAUGGAACGGCCCAGCGGGUGUGUUUGAGUUCGAGAACUUUAGCAAGGGUACGAAGAGCCUGAUGGAUAAUGUCGUUGAGGCCACGACUCGGGGAACGAUCACUAUUAUCGGCGGUGGGGACACGGCGACUUGCGCGGCUAAGUGGAAAACGGAGGAUAAAGUGAGCCACGUGAGCACCGGCGGUGGUGCGAGUUUGGAACUCCUGGAGGGUAAAAUAUUGCCCGGAGUCGCCGCCCUGUCUUCGUCGUAAAUUCGUCUUCGAAGUAUUAAUGUAAAGACCAAUCGUACCGCGAUGUUUUAACGUUCGUCAGUUCUAUAGAAAUUUAACUAGUAGCGUUUGAACUUUGGGGUGACAGAUAUAUUCGUCAAACUCGUUAGCAAGACCAAGAACGUAUCUAUUUUUUGUUCUGAGUUGUCGGUGUAAUCGUGUCGCUCCGUUUAUCGGAAUACCAGCAUUCUUUCACGAGGAACAUUGAAAUUUUACGUUGACUCUUAGAUCUCUAUAGUACGAUCAUAUUAAUGUACAGUUACUGGAUGUGUAUAUUAUCUGUAAAAUGUAAUAUACUAAGAUAACAAUAUAUAAAUUUAUCUUGUACAUUAGCUACUAAGGAUGUAAUUGUAAGGAGAGACAGUCGCCGUUAUACUAAGUGUAAUCGUCCCUGCACGGUAAAAAGUUCGCUCAUAGUUUGAACACAGACUUCGGAUUGCUCUGCAUCGUAUCGAACUGUAAAUAUUAUCUUUUAUUUAAUAGAGUGAUUAUAUACUUCCGGCCGUCUGUAAUGUCGAAAAUAAAUAUCAAACGCACGAU